GUUUGUGUGAGCGAGAAAGAGUGGGAGACCAAAUCCAAAAGGCAAAAGGAGGUAGAAACAGCUAGACAAAGAGAGCCAACAGUUUGAGUGAUUCUGACGGGCUGUAAGGGCCUACAGUGGAGAGAUUACAAGGACUGAGUCGCUGAGUAAUGGAACUUGACUGACAGGACAACAAACUAGUCCACCUGCUCGGCACUUGGGGCUAUUGUUGGAAGAUUGAUCUCUGGAUACGGCUUACAGAGGACCUUACUUCACUUUGAACUUUCGAUACACUGGACAACUUGGUGACUGAAGAGAGCACACGGGUGAAACCUAAGAUUUCCGAGGACAUACACUACGGCUUUGAGUAAGACCGGGAUCAAAUUCCUAAUCUCUAGAACAUUUUAAAACACUAUGAAAGACUGAAACCAGUGUUUUGUGAUUUACAGAAAUUAUGAUCUGUAUGCUUACUUCAUAGACCUCUGCAGCCAAGUAGAGACAUUACUUUAAAACAACAAAAAUCAAAAAGAUAUCUCAUUCAAGGUCCAUCCUUUAUGACUACAAGCUACUGUACAGACGUCUACAUAACAGCGUAUAAAUGUGACUGGAUCUAAGGCCCACUACGGUAAUUACAAAGCAAGCUCAGGGAAGAAUUACAGACAUUUGUAAUUAAGGACCAUCUAUAAAAGGCAACCAAAGGAAAGGGUGAGGUCUGUGACGAAAAAAAAGUGGGCCUCAAGGACACCAAGACAGACAGGACAUCAAGAAACCAAGAAAAACAGCUGCUACUGGGAGACAACACACACCAUGGAUCCUCAUGGCGGACACUACCUCAACAAAAAAGCUGUGCUGUCACCUUUAGGUGCAGCCCGAAUUUGCCAGCUGCUACUCGGUUGCACCAUAAUUGCCCUUGUAUCCCACAGUGCGGGCUACAGCGCAGACUAUGGGACCUUUUGCAUGUUUGUGUGGUGCUUCUGCUUCGCCGUCACACUGGUUGUGUUCACCUUGGACAUCACACGCCUCCACACAUGCAUGCCCAUUUCCUGGGAUAACUUCACUGUGGCGUUUGCCAUGCUGGCAACGCUCAUGUACAUCACCGCCUCCGUGGUCUACCCUGUUUACUUCCUCCAAACAGAGUGCCCUGAUGAGAGCUGUGAAGUCCAAAUCUACCGCAUUGUUGUCACUGUCUGCUCCAGCGUCUGCUGCUUCCCCUACGGUGCUGAGGUGAUUCUGACUCGAGCCAAGCCAGGAGCUGUGGUGGGUUACAUGGCCACUGUGUCCGGUCUACUCAAGGUGGUCCAGGCUUUUGCGGCCUGCAUCAUUUUCGGGGCCCUGGCCCACGACAGCGAGUACAACCUCUACAUCGCCACCCAGUACUGUGUAGUGGUGUACAGCCUGUGCUUCUCCGUCACCGUUAUAGUGAUCAUACUGACAGUUUCUGGGAGGACCUCUGCCCUGCGGUUCCCCUUUGAUCGGUUCGUGGUUGUCUACACCUUCUUCGCCCUGAUCCUCUACCUCAGUACUGCACUGAUCUGGCCCAUAUUCAGCUUUGACAGGAAGUACGGCACCACUACUCGUCCUGAGGACUGCCCACGUGGAGAAUGUCCCUGGGAUAGUAAGCUGGUGGUGGCGGUGUUCACCAACGUCAACGUGAUCCUGUAUUUUGUUGACCUUGUUUACUCCCAGAGGAUUCGCUUUGUCUCCAGCUCUGCUGCCUGAGAAACUUUCCCCCCUCAAGACUGCUUAGCCUCAGAGACAAAUAAAGAAAGUUUGAGGCCUCAUCCAUCAUACUCUCCACAGUCAGGUCUCUGUGAAGGACUCAUUUCCUUGGAUCCAUAGAUUCAUGGUGUCGUAUUUAUGUGUGACAUUUUUUAUUAUCAGUAUUCAUCUAGAAUUGAGCCUGUAGGCAGCAAAACUGACAGUAUUACCCUAUGCUAUAAACUUAGAGGCCUUUUCCCAGUUCUGCGGUGACCUACCAGGGAG